AUGAGGAUCUAUUUUCUUCAGAUGAUGAAAUGCUUCCGAGGCCUUUUCAUCGAUUCAGAUCUCAUUGGGGUGGACAAAAUUUCGAUGGUUGAAGAUACAUUCCGCACUCCUUUGAGUAUAGUCCCUGUACAGCCAGAUGAGGAAGUAGUUCUCAAUCAAGUGGUGGUUGCAGAUCAGGCUAAAUUGGGUGAGCCUGUCCAUCUAAAUUUCAUGCUUCCAGGUCAACCCAGUGUUUUCGAUUGGAUCUUUAACACGGUAAAGGAUAUUCAGCAUUUAGUGGGACUGAGGUGCGAAGGUUAUGAGGAUCAGUUUAUGGCUCUACUUCUAGUAAUUGAAUCAGAUUGGGUGUAUUUGGCAGCGAAGGGGGCAUCAAGUGGUGUUUUGGUGAUAUGGGAUAGAAGAGUGGUGGAGAAAAUGGAGGAGUUUAUAGGGACCAUGAGAGAAGAUUAUUAUGGGAUGAACUCGCUGAAGUACAUAGCUGGUGGGAUCUCCCAUGGUGUAUUGGUGGAGACUUCAAUGUUACAAGAUAUCCAACUGAGUGUUUUGGUGGGGGCUGAGGAGAUUAAAGAAUUUUGGCCUAUUAGCUUAAUAAAUGGGGUAUACAAGAUUAUAUCCAAGGUAUUAGCAAAUCGUCUGAGUGAGAUAGUGGGGAAGCUAAUCUCAAAACCCCAAAAUGCAUUCGUAAAGGAUAGGCAAAUCAUAGAUGUGAUCCUUAUUGCAAAUGAAUGUAUAAAUAGUUGCUUAAAAGAUGGCAAUGCAAGGAUUAUGUGCAAGCUAGACAUGGAGAAGUCCACACGAGAUUUAAGACAUGGAGAUCUACUGUCCCCAUUACUCUUUGUUAUUGUGAUGGAGGCGUUGAGCAGAAUGUCCUCAGCCCUGGUUGCGAAUGGUUUGGUUGCUGGUUUUGCGAUUGUCUCUCCGAAUAGAGGACUAUUUAACAUUUCUAAUUUGUUGUUUGCAGAUAAUACUCUUUUCUUAUAUGAAGCAGAUCCAAACCAUGUUCGAGUUUUGAAGAUCUUUCUCCUUUGUUUUGAAGCAACAUUCGGGCUGAAAGUUAACUUGGAAAAAUCAGAGAUAGUGCCUAUUGGAAGAGUUCGGCGUAUCAUACAGUUGGCCAGUAUUCUGGGAUAUAAGAUUGUUGUGUUACCUAUGACAUACCUGGGCCUUCCUUUUGGGAGCGGCAUCGAGAACAGUUUCAUUGUGGGAUCCAGUUAUUAA